AUGGGUUCCUUCAUCCCCAGCACUUUCCUGUUCCACCAGCUUAUCCGCCUCCACUUCCAGAAUGGCCUCUUGCGAGAAGCCCACAAGCUGUUCGACGAAAUGCCCCAGCGGAACGUGUACUCCUGGAACGCCCUGAUUUUGGCUUACGUAAAAGCUCAGGACUUGACCCGAGCCAGGGCAUUGUUCGACUCCGCCACUGAGAGGGACUUGGUAAUUUAUAAUUCGAUACUGACCGGUUACGUGACCAUUGAAGGACGCGAGAGCGAUGCGCUCGAAAGGUUUGACGAGAUGCAGUUGAUUCAUGAUCGUCUUAAGUUUGACGAGUUUACUUUGUUAGCGAUGCUAAACUUGGUGGCGAAGUUACAUGUGGAGCGUUAUGGGACACGGUUGCAUGCUUAUAUGGUGAGGACGGGGAAUGGAAAGAUAUUUCAUAAACUCACGGGAAGAGACUUGAUUCUCUACAAUAUCAUGAUUUCCGGUUAUGCAAAUCAUGGGCACGAAGAUCAAGCUAUGGAGCUGUAUAAAGAAAUGUUGGAGAGAGGAUUGAAACCUGAUGAGGUCACCUUUAUUGCGCUUCUAUCCGCUUGCCGUCAUAGUGGGUUAGUGGAAAUGGGGGAAAAGUAUUUCAAGUCCAUGGUAGAAGAUUACAAAAUAGUGCCUAAAACGGAUCACUAUGCCUGUGUGAUUGAUCUGUAUGGAAGAGCAAAUCGACUAGAAAAGGCGAUGCAUCUCAUGAAGAAAAUUCCCAGGAAUUCGGAUCCUCUGGCAAAUGUAUUUGCAGCUGAGGAAAAUUGGGCAGAGAUGCGCAAGAUAAGAGAGAAAAUGAGAGGGAAGGAAACCAAGAAGCUUGCUGGCUGCAGUUGGGUGUAUCUUGAAAAUGGAAUUCAUGCAUUUACCUCUGGCGACACAUCGCAUUCAAAAGCUAUUUAUUCGAUCUUGGAGUUCCUAUCUGCAGAUUUACGUGUCCCACCUAAUUCAAGUGUUCACUAUGUUUUAGGAGGUGUAGCAAGGAAUAUUGCCAACUGCAUGUCGAAGCUGGGACGGAAGCCCUUCUCUAUCAGUGCUGUGGGCCUUGACACGGCAGCAAUUCCAAGGCAGGUAUCCUUCACACCCAAGAUAUUACAACUGCUGUGGUCUGCUGUGUACCUGAUCCAAAUGGUGAGGUGGCAGCUUGUGUUGCAAGCUUUAAGUCAAUUAUACGAGAUCUCUUCUGCUUCAGUAGUGAUGGUUGAUGCUAACCUCAACGAUUGUGCUCUUGAAGCUUUUGUCAAUGUAACUCUAAAGAUUCGACCUGGUUUGAUUUUUCCAUCUGGCUUGAUUAAAUGA